UGCACAAAAGAAUAGUCUUUUCGAUUCUCCAUUUUGGCUUGUUAACAUAGUUGUCCGUCGUAACAUAUUUUGGUGCAACAUUUACAAUGUCUGGAGGACCAGCCGCCGAAGUUUUACAGUUAAAGGAAGAAGAUGUUGUGAAGUUCUUGUUAUCAGGAACUCAUUUAGGAUCAAACAAUAUUGAUUUCCAAAUGCAACCAUAUGUAUAUAAAAGAAAACCAGAUGGUGUGUAUAUUUUUAAUCUCAGAAAAACUUGGGAGAAGUUGAUGAUAGCUGCUCGUAUUAUUGUGGCCAUUGAAAAUCCUGCUGAUGUUUGUGUUAUUUCUGCUCGUCCUUACAGCCAGCGUGGUAUUUUAAAGUUUGCUGCCCACACUGGUGCUAAUGCUGUUGCUGGCCGUUUCACACCUGGUACAUUCACCAAUCAGAUUCAAGCAGCUUUUCGUGAACCUCGAUUGUUGAUUGUCAGCGAUCCGAGGAUUGACCAUCAGGCUGUAACUGAAGCAAGUUAUGUUAAUAUCCCAGUCAUAGCCUUUUGCAACACUGACUCGCCUUUGCGGCAUAUUGAUGUUGCCAUUCCUUGCAACAACAAAGGUGCCUUGUCUAUUGGUCUGAUGUGGUGGAUGUUAGCACGUGAGGUGUUGCGUAUGCGAGGAACCAUUAGUCGAGAUAGCCCCUGGGAUAUCAUGGUUGAUCUCUACUUCUAUCGUGACCCAACAGAGGUUGAGAAAGAAGAAUCUGCAGCAGCCGUUGAGGAAGCUCCAUUUCAACCACCUCCAGUUGUACCUUCAACCGAUUGGACAGCCAGUCCACAGGUUGAUACUGUCACCGAUGGUGCUGAUUGGGCUACCAUGUCUGAAAGCAAGGAUUGGGCUGCUGAAAGCAAUGUUCCUGCUGCUUCUGAUACUGGAUUUGGGGCACCUGUGUCUACAGAUUGGGGUGCUGACACAAACACUGAUUGGGGUGCCAGUGGUACUGGUGAUGCUGACUGGGGAGCACCUUCAGGUGGAGAGAACUGGGGUUAAUCUGCUGCAUGCCUAUGUUAUUGAAGCAUUAAAAAAAUCAUGAAGUG